GUCAAAACGCCAUAUUGUUAUAAAAAAAAAGAAGAGACAAGAGGGUACCUAACUUAACCUCACUUCAAAAUAUUUGUAUUUGAAAUUUGAACUUAAAAAUUCAUAUAAAUCUACAUUCAAUAUGCCGUUUAUGAAGGGCAGAGCCCCCGUGCGGAGGACCCUAAAGUACCUCGAGGCGGGCAAAUUGUAUUUGAAGGACCAAAUUAAAAUUUUAACAGUGAAUUAUAAUGUACAUGGGGAAAGUCACCACGGAACUAGAGAUUUUGUCUUUUGGCACUUGCCCCAAAUCCAGUACAAGAAUCCCCUAGUGCAAAUAUCGACUUUUAAAAACCUGACACCUUCACCCUUUAUAAGGGCAUUUUAUGACACUGGCGAUCACAUGUUAAUUGAUAUCGACGGCAGAAAUAAAGAAGAAAUCUACGAGCACUUGAUCAGAGUACUCGGAAAAAACGAGCAAGUCUUAAAAUCCGAACUAAUUGCUAAGGAGAAAAAAGACAACCCUGCAAAUUUCGGUGCCGGUUGCUUAAGGAGCUGCAUAUGUGUAAUACCCGGACAAGUACCUUGUUCUGGUACUUGCCUACUACCCAAACACAUGCGAGGCAAAUACAAGUACAAGAAAGUUGAAGAUGAUUAAUUAUUACUUAUUGUAUAUUAUUUUAAUGUUCAGUAAUUUUAAAUAAAUAAAAAAAAUUAUGGUAACUGUUCAGGCAUAUUGGGCGUGGUCCAAACAUAUCUAGCCCUAGGCGUUCUGGCAACAUUGUAUUUAUCAACGGCGUCCAUUACAUACACCAACGUUGCCACAUAUCCGAUAAUCUGAAAAAAUUAAUCCUAGUAGGCAAAAAAAUAAAAGGUGGAACUUGGUUCGAAUAACGGUUUAAAUACCAAUUUGUAAAUGACGUCAUCACUUGUGAACGCACAGUCUCAUGUCAAGGUUCAAACUUUUUUGAACCAGGUUCAAUAUGACGUCACUGGUUCAACGUGAGAAUGUACAGAUUCGAACCAGUUCCACCACGAGAAAAUUUGUAGCAACAAAUUACUCCUGUCACAAUGUAUCCUUUGGUCAUAAUAGCAACAAUUAAAGAGGCACUGACCAAUAACAACAGCGCUAGGAAACCGCUGUUGAUGCACUCGACCCAAAACCAAGGAAAUUGCGAAUUUUUUCCUACUCCUUGUAUAUGGAAUAAUAGCAACACUGUAGCGCUUAUGACGCCGUAAAUUGAAAUGCCGCAAAAAAACUGGGCUUGAGGCGUAGAUGUCAGAAUCAAAGUGAAAAUAAUUAGUUU